UCCUACUCCUGACCUUUCUUCACCACACAUAUGCUGAAACCGGUACAUCAAUGAAAAACACAACAACAUUAGACCGUCCGGCGAGCCCCACAGCGGUUAACACAUCGAAAAGCAAUUCACCUAUUUACCGUCCGGCGACCACUUCAACAGAUAACACAGUGAAUACCUUUUCUAUAUUAGACCAUCAGCUGACCACUUCAGGGGUUAACACAAAGAAUAACAUGACAUCAGUAUUUCGUUCAACGAACACUUUAGCUGUCGAUAAACUGAACAACACAACUUUACACCGUCCGGAGACCACUACAGCGGAAAACACACUAUAUAGCACUACAACAUUAAACCGUGUGUCGGCCACUUCAGCAAACACACGUAAUACCUUUACAAUAUUAUACAGCCCGGCGACCACAACAACGGUUAACACACUGAAUAGUACUACAACAUUAAACCGUGUGUCUGCCACGUCAGCGUUAAAAGCACAAAAUAGCAGUACGACAUUACAGCAUCCGGUAACCUCUUCAGCAAUAAACACACUGAAAACCACUACCAGGUUACACCGCACAUCGACAACUACUGCCCUAAACACACAUAAUAGCACUUCAACAUUAGAACAUCACUCGAUCACUUCAGCAGAAAGUACAUCGAAUAGCACUCGUACAUUAGACCGCACGCCGACUUCUUCAGCGGUAGACCUUCCGAUGUCCUCUACAACGGUAAACACAACAAUGGGCACCACUACAGUUUACCAUCCGAUGACCACUACAACAUUCGAGCAGUCUACCACAGAGCCAAUAACGCAUCGUCCGGGUGUUGCAGAUUGUGGAAAGCCAAAGAAUAUAACGAACGGCAAGGUUAAGUACACCCUAACAAAAUUCAACCACAGUGCCUUCUACACGUGCGACCAGGGAUAUAAAACGGCAGACACUACAGUGAUCACAUGCACGACUCAGGGAGCCUGGGAUGGUAAUCCACCGACGUGCUCAGAUGUUAACGAAUGUUCGGGAAGUAACAAGUGUCACUACAGCGCCAUGUGUACCAACCUUAAUGGUAGCUACGAGUGCACGUGUAAGGACGGCUAUACAGACCCUGAGGGAUACGGAGGCCGACAAUGUGACGAUGUUGACGAAUGUUCGGGAAGUAACGAGUGUCACUACAGCGCCAUGUGUACCAACCUUAAUGGUAGCUACGAGUGCACGUGUAAGGACGGUUAUACAGACCCUGAGGGAUACGGGGGCCGACAAUGUGACGAUGUUAACGAAUGUUCGGGAAGUAACGAGUGUCACUACAGCGCCAUGUGUACCAACCUUAAUGGUAGCUACGAGUGCACGUGUAAGGACGGCUAUACAGACCCUGAUGGAUACGGAGGCCGACAAUGUGACGAUAUCGACGAGUGUGCUGUUGUCGGGAACUACUUUUGUCGGAUAAAUUGGAAUCAGACUCGAUGGUGUACUAACACAGCUGGCAGCUACUACUGUGGCUGUAACCGGGGAUGGACUGGCAAACACUGCGAGAAUGAUGUAAAUGAAUGCGAUGGCGGGAACCUAUGUGGUCAGAAUGCGGAUUGCACCAAUACAUUCGGGUCUUAUAACUGCAACUGUCGACCAGGAUAUCCGCAAGGAAACCCUUUCUAUGGAUGUUAUAGUCCGGUACUGCUCAGCUUUUACUCACCGGCCGUAAUAGAUGGUGUCCGCGGAGACAACGAGAUACUCCCUCCUGUAAACAUCCCCGGGGGAAGAUUCCCCUACCUAGGACAAUACUUCAGUCUUUUCAGGCCAAGUUUAAAUGGGUUCCUAGCACUUAACUAUCCACCGCUUUAUGAAGCCUUUGGCGCGGAGAAUUCUACACAGUGGGCCAAAUAUGUCGAGAAUCACGUGGUUAUUGCCCCUCUCUGGACAAACCUCGACUCAAGGAAUAUUACUGGCGCAGGUGUAUGGGUCCAUGUGUUUUCUAACAACAGUGGAAAUAGGAGUGACAUCCUUCAAAUACAGAAGCUUGUUCGGAAAUAUUCGGACAACAGUGAGUUCAAUGCGAGUGUUGCAUUUGCCGUGACUUGGAAACAUGUCACCACACAUUCACCAUAUAUGCCCGGAUACAUGCUCUACAAAUACCAGAACCUGUCAAUGCAAGUGAUUGCGGUAACAGACGGCCUAUACACAUACCUACUCUUCAACUACGAUCAGGAGGAGUUCAGCAUCCAACCAAACAGCUACACGCCAGUGGCUGCCGGUUACACUUUCCCUGGAAACUUUACCGGCAAGAUUCUCGCCAACAGCCACAACUUCACCAACCUUAAGACCGAUUCAAACGUUAACCAAGCGGUCAAAGGCCGUUGGCUGCAUGACGUGACGUACAUCACUGACGACAUGCGGGACGAGGUGGGAUGCCGGAAGUUCAAUGAGAACAAGACAUUGAAAGAAUGGACGCGAAAACAGCUUAAAAACUCAUAUCCUUGUCCAUGUUACGAACAAGAUAUGAAAGAGGACUACACCUUCAAACAAAAUGACAGCCUUUGGUCGAACAGGGACCAGUAUACCCACUGUUACGAGUCGUGGUUCUUCAAUCCAUAUGAUAUAAAACAGCGCUGCUGCUUUCGGUUCGGUGAACUGCGUAAGGAAUAUCCUUUCGCAAUAGGAGCCGAGUACAGGGACGCCGGUUAUAACGCCCUUCUGGAGACCGGCUUCCGGCAGUGCUGCUCAGCGGUAAACAGCCGGCGCUAUUGUCACCUUUACUAUGACGUCAACCCGCCCGAUGACUGUUCAACCUGGUCCCCCGACGACGAAGCCGAUGUAAAACAGGCUCUGCGCAAAGUCAUGACAUUUGUUUGACGGUCUUAAACAACUUGAUUUUUGGUGUGUUUUACUUCAAUUCUUCUGCGUAUCAAAUCUUAACCUGUAUUUCUUACAUGUGUAGAUAUCUUUC